CAGCACAAAUUCUUCAAUACUCGCCGCAAUUUCAACAGAAAUAUUGCCAGCGAUAUGCUGAGGGUUGCAGCAGGAGCUGGGACAUUCACUCUUGGAGCUUAUGGAGCGUUGAAAUUGAAAGAACGUAUAGAUGAGUCACAUAAUCAAGAUUUGAAGGCAUUAAAUGAACUCAGUGUUGCAUCAACUGUAGGAAGUACACAGCUACCACUCCCAACAAGGGAACUUUUGCUGAGUAACCUGAAAAAUGGAAGUGAGUUUGAUGUUCUUGUCAUUGGAGGUGGUGCCACUGGAUGUGGGGUUGCGCUAGAUGCUGUGACAAGGGGACUGAAGACUGCCUUGGUAGAGAAGUAUGAUUAUGCUUGUGGUACAAGCAGUCGAAGCACAAAAUUGAUACAUGGGGGUGUCCGAUACCUUCAAAAAGCUGUCUUUAACCUUGAUAUAGUAGAGUACAAAAUGGUAAAGGAAGCUCUUCACGAGCGUGCCAACCUUUUAAAUGUCGCUCCACAUCUAGCUGAGCCGCUGCCAAUUAUGCUGCCUGUUUACAAGUGGUGGCAAGUACCCUAUUUCUGGGCUGGUCUCAAAAUGUACGACCUGGUGGCCGGCAAGCGUCUCGUUAAGAGUAGUUACUAUGUGAACAAAGAAAAGACCUUAGAACUUUUUCCAAUGCUAAAGCGUGAGAACCUCUGCGGUGCUGUAAUCUAUUAUGAUGGUCAACAUAAUGAUUCACGGACAAACUUGGCGCUGGCAUUAACCGCUAUCCGGAAUGGAGCUACAUGCCUCAACCAUGUAGAGGUGGUACACCUUUUAAAAAAGACAACUAGAACUGAUAAUGAAGAAAAAGAAGUUGUAUGUGGUGCUAGAGUUCGUAAUACCGAGACAGGAGAAGAGUGGGAUGUUCAUGCGAAGUCUGUUAUAAACGCUACUGGUCCCUUCACUGACAGUGUGAGAAAAAUGGCCAAAAACAGUACCGCAAAAAUAUGUCAGACAAGUGCCGGGGUCCAUAUUAUUUUGCCCGAGUACUACAGCCCAAAAAGCAUGGGACUGCUUGAUCCAGCAACAAGUGACGGCAGAGUUAUUUUCUUUCUCCCUUGGGAAGGAAGGACAAUCGCUGGUACCACGGAUUCUCCUUGUGAGGCCACCUUUUCACCAAUCCCGCGGGAAAGCGAGGUUAAUUUCAUACUAGACGAAGUCAAACAAUAUUUCAAUGCCGAUGUAGAAGUCAGACGGGAGGAUGUACUGGCCGCAUGGAGUGGAAUUCGCCCUCUCGUAGUGGACCCGUCAUCAAAGGACACGAAAUCGAUUUCAAGAAACCAUGUCAUUGAGGUAUCUGAAAACAACCUCAUUACCAUAGCCGGUGGGAAAUGGACAACAUACCGUGCAAUGGCAUCUGAUGCAGUCGAUGCAGCUAUCAAGGCAUCAAAUUUAUCGGCAGGUGACAGCAAGACUACUGGCCUUGUGCUUGAAGGCGGGGAAGGAUGGUCUCCAACUUACUUUAUUCGUUUGGUGCAGGAUUUUGGACUAGAGCCUGAGGUUGCUAAACAUCUCGCAAGAUCGUACGGGAACAAGGCUCCACAAGUGGCAAAGUUGGCUGCAUUGACAGGAAACCGGUGGCCUGUCGUUGGCAAGCGAUUGGUAGUUGACUUUCCUUACAUUGAGGCAGAGAUUCGAUAUGGCGUACAGGAAUAUGCUUUGAAUGUUGUGGACAUGAUCGGAAGAAGACUGAGAAUAGCAUUUCUUGAUGUUCAGGCUGCAGAUGAAAUCCUGCCAAGAGUUAUCGAGAUAAUGGGAGAGGAGUUGGGUUGGGAUGAAAGUAAGCGUAAGCAUGAGCUGAAUACAGGUCGGGCAUUUCUUGACACGAUGGGGUACAAGACACGGAUAAGUCUGCGAGAUGUCCCUGUAGCUUUGAAUUCAGAUGACAUAAGCAAAUAUCAACAAGUUUUCCAAGGACUUGACACUGACAAAACAGGACACCUUUCUUUGGCAUCCGUAAAAUCUGCGUUGGAAAGGGCUAAAGAACUGGCUUUCGCUAAGGAUCAUUUCGAAAAACUAGUUAACAAAGUUGAAUUAGAUUCAAUGUCAAAAAUAAACCAGGAAGAAUUCUUGAAGCUUGUUGGUAUUCUGAGUUCAGCUUCCCUGGAUAGUCUCGGCAAGUUGGUCAAGAAUGAAAAUGAAAGGACAAGUGCAAAUAUUUUACCCACGAACAGCUAAUGGUGGGACUAGCUAAAAAUAAUGCGAUUGUAUUUUUCGUUUUUAAUGUUUUCUUUUGUUUAUUCGUAAGAUGGCUAACAAAAUAAUAAACAAAACAAACUAGUUUUUACUGAAAAUCCAUUUGUUUUACUUGAGUAUGAAGCAAAACACCAGGUCCUUCAAAUAUGUUUUUUUGUAAUAAUAUUAUUCAUUCUGUAUCCAUUAUCUUUAUUCACUCUAUAGCCACGGCAGCGGGAAAUUUUUCUCAAGAAUCUUAGU